UUUCAGGCUUCAGCCGCUGGUGCAAUGUCAUCACCUCGCUAGCAGGCAGCACACUGGCAGGGCUGGAGCUGGAGCGGGCUGCCGACACCCUCAGCUUCGCCUUAUGCAAAGCAGCACCGACUGUGUCGGUGAAGGAAGAAGGGCCUUCACAGGGAUGCUUUUGAUGCCGACUUAAGACAACAAGGAAGAACUGUUUUCAGCCCGACUGGAGGAGAGGGACCACGGCUUGGACAGGGUUGAGGUGCUGAAGAAAGCUGCCUGAACGUUGUCUUGUCUGCUGCUAAAAAUGGCUAUCGUAAGACAGUUUGGACUGCUGGUGUGGAAAAAUUAUCUUCAGCAGAAACGUCAGAUCCUGGUCACCCUGGUGGAGAUACUCCUGCCCCUGCUUUUCUCCGGCAUCCUUAUCGUGCUGCGUCAGAAAGUUCCUUUCAAAGCCUAUCCAAACGCCACAAACUAUGAAAGCUUCGCUGUCGACUCCAUGCCAAAACCAUUCCUGCAGUCCUUACAGCUGGCCUAUGUGCCCAGUAACUCCAGUGUGGUGCGUCAGGUGGCAGAGGACGUGCGUGAUAGUCUGUCACUCUUCUCAGUGCGUGGCUUUGAGACAGAGGAGCAGUUUGAGAACCACGUGAGAACCGACCCCACGUCAGGAAAUCUGCUGGCUGCUGUGGUGUUUGAGCACCCUUUCUCUCAUGAUGACGAACCCCUGCCCCUGAAGGUAGGCUACCACCUGCGCUUCACCUUCACACCACGCAAUGCCCCAUCCAAGGAGAAGUCGGAGCUGAACCCAAACAGCGACCUCGACUGGCACACGCUGAGCCUCUUUCCCCUGUUUCAGCUGCCAGGCCCACGGGAGCAAGCUUACCUGGAGGGUGGCACACCAGGCUAUUUCCGAGAGGGCUUUCUGGCAGUGCAGCACGCAGUGGACCGAGCCAUCAUACGCUCCCACGACAGAUCUUCUGCUGCGCCUCUGCUGCGACAGAUCAGAGUGAUCCUGUCCCGGUUUCCUUACCCCCCCUUCAUAUAUGAUGUCUUCAUCCUGGCCAUUCAGAACCAACUCCCCCUUCUUCUGGUGCUCAGCUUCACCUACACCGCCUUCAACAUAGUGCGGGCUGUGGUGCAGGAAAAAGAAAGAAAGCUCAAGGAAUACAUGAGGAUGAUGGGUCUCAGCAACUGGCUCCACUGGAGUGCCUGGUUCCUGAUGUUCUUCCUGUUCCUCUCCAUCUCAGUUCUUCUUGUUACUCUUCUCCUCUGUAUCCAUGUGAGUCCUAAUGGUGCAGUCCUGACCUACAGUGACCCCACGCUGGUCUUCGUCUUCCUGCUUGUCUUCACUGUAUCUACUAUCAACUUUAGCUUCAUGAUCAGUGCCUUCUUCUCACGAGCCAACGUGGCUGCAGCAGCGGGUGGCUUCAUCUAUUUCCUCAGCUACCUGCCUUAUUUGUUCCUGUGGCCACGCUACGAUUUGCUGAGCCAUGCCCAGAAGGUGUCAGCCUGCCUUAUCUCUAACGUGGCCAUGGCCAUGGGAUCACAGCUCAUAGGAAUGUUUGAAGGCAAAGGUACAGGAAUCCAGUGGUCAAACAUGUUUGACUCUGUGACGGUGGACGAUGACUUCUCCCUGGCCCAGGUUCUGGGCUUGCUGCUGUUCGACUCUGUGCUUUACGGGCUGGUGGCCUGGUACAUGGAGGCCGUGUUUCCUGGGGAGUAUGGAGUGCCACUGCCUUCUUACUUCUUUUUACUGCCUUCAUACUGGUGCAGCAGCCCUCGCAUGGCUUUGGUGAAUGAGAAGGAGGAGGAGGAGGAUGCAGAAAAGGCUCUGAAAGGAGAGUUUAUAGAGGAGGAGCCAGUCGGACUCGUCUCCGGGAUUAAGAUUAAACACCUGUGUAAAGAGUUCAAAGUGGGCAACAAGACACGAAAGGCUGUACGAGAGCUGACUUUGAACAUGUUUGAGGGACAGAUCACAGUGCUGCUGGGACACAACGGUGCUGGGAAGACCACAACACUGUCUAUGCUAACAGGCCUGUUUACCCCCUCCAGUGGCAGAGCCUAUAUUAACGGAUACGACAUCUGUCAGGACAUGGCCCUGAUCCGCCGCAGCCUUGGACUCUGCCCUCAACAUGACGUGCUGUUUGAUAACCUUACAGUGAGGGAGCAUCUGCUCUUUUACGCACAGCUAAAAGGCUACUCCAGAGACAAGAUACCAGACGAGGUGGAUCGGAUCAUUCGCAUCCUCAACCUGGAGGGCAAACGAAACGCUCGCUCCAAGACCCUCUCUGGCGGCAUGAGGAGGAAGCUCUCUAUUGGUAUCGCCCUCAUUGGAGACUCAAAGGUCGUCAUGCUAGAUGAGCCCACGUCGGGCAUGGAUCCGUCGGCACGUCGUGCCACCUGGGACCUUCUGCAGGGGGAGAAACGGGGUCGCACCAUCCUGCUUACCACUCACUUCAUGGACGAGGCUGACCUGCUUGGUGAUCGAAUCGCCAUCAUGGCAGGAGGAGAGCUGCAGUGCUGCGGGUCUUCCCUCUUCUUGAAGAACAAAUAUGGUGCUGGUUAUCACAUGGUGAUAGUUAAAAAUGCUCUCUGUAAUGUCUCUGAGAUCACCCGCCUUGUUCACAUGUAUGUUCCUAACGCUACACUGGAGAGCAGUGCUGGAGCCGAGCUCUCUUAUAUUCUGCCCAAAGAAAGCACCAGCAGGUUUGAACUGCUGUUUGCUGAGUUGGAGAUGAACAGAGACGAGCUGGGCAUUGCCAGCUAUGGCGCCUCAGUGACGACAAUGGAGGAGGUUUUCCUCAGGGUAGGAAAGCUUGUGGACUCCAGUUUGGACAUCCAGGCUAUCCAGCUUCCAGCCCUUCAGUACCAGCAUGAGAGACGCUCCAAUGACUGGACCACGGACGACACCAGCAGCAUCAGCGGCCUGACUGAUGUCACUGACUUCACAGACAGCGGCACGCUCAUCUCAGAGGAUUGCUCCAACAUUAAGCUAAACACAGGGGUCAGACUACACCUUCAACAGUUCUAUGCCAUGUUUCUAAAGAGGGCGCUAUACAGCUGGAGGAACUGGAAGGUGAUGGUGGCUCAGUUCCUGGUCCCUUUGAUCUUCACUAUUGUGGCUUUAUUUGUGGCGCGCACCUUACCUGAUCACCAGGAUGCUCCUCAGUUGAGGCUGAAGCUCAGUCAGUAUGGUCCCACCAGGGUCCCCGUGUCCCUGCAGCCGGGGGCAGGUCCUCUUGCAGCUGCUUUUGCAAAUGCCUACACUUCCCAACUCACCGACCAGCAGGGUCAACUCAUUAAUAUCACAGACAUCACCGAUUACAUCCUAACUCAGGCAGCGCGAGAAGGUGGCAGCUUCAAUGAGCGCUGCGUUGUCGGUGCUGCUUUUCAAGGAAGGGACAAACGGUAUGCUGAAGCAACAGCCUACUUCAACAACCAGGGCUACCAUACUCCCGCCACGGCGCUCAUGAUGGUGGACAACGCUCUGUUCAAGCUCGUGGCCGGACCUAACGCUUCCAUAGAGAUGGGCAAUUACCCCAUGCCACGCAAUCUGUCUGAGACCGCGCUGGGACAGCUCACAGAGAGCAAGACGGGGUUCGCCAUUGCCAUCAACCUAAUGUAUGGGAUGGCGUCCCUUUCCAGCACUUUCGCCUUGCUGCUUGUAACAGAGUCCUCUCUCAAGUCGAAGCACGUGCAGCAGGUCAGCGGCGUCUACCUGUCCAACUUCUGGUUCUCAGCUCUGCUGUGGGAUCUCGUCAACUUCCUGCUGCCCUGCCUCCUCAUGUUGGUGGUAUUCCAAGCGUUUGGAAUCAAGGCUUUUGUGGACAACAACCACCUGGUUGACAUUCUGUUGUUGCUGCUGCUGUAUGGCUGGGCUGUUGUGCCUCUGAUGUACCUGCUCAGCUUCCUCUUCUCCACCGCGGCUACAGCUUACACACGGCUUACCAUCUUCAACGUGAUCACCGGCACCGCCACCUUCCUGGCUGUCACCAUCAUGACGAUCCCAGAGUUGAAACUGCAGGAUUUGUCGCACUUACUGGAUAAGGUGUUCCUGAUUUUCCCAAACUACUGCCUGGGCAUGUCCUUCAGCCAGUUCUAUCAGAACUACGAAUUCCUCUCAUUUUGCACCUCCAGUCCAAUCAGCCGAGGAGUCUGCAAAUAUUUCAACAUUACGUACCAGCAAAACUACUUCUCGAUGUCGGAGCCUGGCAUAGGCCGCUUUCUCGUGGCCUUGUCGGUGCAGGGCGUCGUCUUCAUUAUUCUGCUGUUUGUCAUCGAGCUUCAGUGCGUCCGCACUCUGCGGCGAAUCCUCGCCUCUCUGGGAAGAAGGCGCAAGCAGUUGCCUCUAGUAGAGGAUGGCACACAGCUUCCAGAGGACAGGGAUGUGGCUGAGGAGAGGAAGAAGGUCCUGGAGUGCCAGCCAGUUGUGGAGUCGAUGGUCGGUAGCCCCCUCAUCCUGCAGGAGCUCAGUAAGGUGUACAGCAGCGGGGAGAGUCUUCUGGCUGUGGACAGGCUGUCUCUUGCUGUAGGGAAAGGAGAAUGUUUUGGCCUCCUGGGCUUCAAUGGGGCAGGGAAGACUACAACGUUUAAGAUGCUGACAGGAGAUGAGACCGUUACAUCUGGGGACGCCUACAUUGAUGGAUACAGCAUCUUGAGGGACAUUAAGAAGGUGCAGCAACGCAUAGGCUACUGUCCUCAGUUUGAUGCUGUAUUGGACCACAUGACUGGGAGAGAGACCCUGAGUAUGUAUGCCAGACUCAGAGGAAUACCUGAGAAGUAUGUGUCUGGCUGUGUGGAGAAUGUUUUGAGGUCACUGCUGCUCGAGCCUCAUGCUGAUAAACUGGUCCGCAGCUACAGUGGUGGUAAUAAGCGGAAGCUGAGCGCAGGCAUGGCUCUGAUCGGUGGGCCUCCAGUCAUCUUCCUGGAUGAACCUUCAACGGGGAUGGACCCUGUAGCCAGGAGACUGCUGUGGGACGCCAUCACGCGCACUCGGGAGUCUGGCAAGGCCAUAAUCAUCACUUCUCACAGUAUGGAAGAGUGCGAGGCUCUGUGCACCAGGCUGGCAGUGAUGGUCAACGGGCAGUUCAAAUGCCUGGGGAGUCCUCAACACCUGAAAAGCAAGUUUGGCAGCGGCUACACCCUGCUGGCUAAAGUUCAUAUGGAAGCAGAGUUGGAGGACAGUGACUUACUGCUUUUUAAAGACUUCAUCGAAAGCACUUUUCCAGGAAGUCAACUUAAAGAUGAGCACCAGGGAAUGGUGCACUACCAUUUGACUGACAAAACACUAACCUGGGCACAGGUGUUUGGCACUCUGGAAGCAGCCAAAGAGAAAUACCAAAUUGAAGACUAUUGUGUGAGCCAGAUAUCACUGGAGCAAGUUUUCCUCAGCUUCGCUCAGUUCCAGCACUGCACGCAGGCUGGGAGGAAGUAGGUACAAGGAGGAAUCCGUCCAUUGUCCAUACUAUGCUACAGUGCUCAUAUAUAACCUGUGUCCAAGGACUUGCCUCAGUCACACAGCAGGUGUGAACGGUGGCCGGAGAAGACCAUUGUUUAUCUCCAGCUCCAUUUUUGACUUGAACAUGGACCCAACACCGAUUGUUCCAGUUGCGGACUCCAGCAUUUCUUCUUCUGCACCACCUUUUGUGCGUCUUUGGUGAUUUACACUGUCUGUUGUGUGAAUGUAGGAACACUGAUUCUGAUUCUGAUUUAUGACAUGGUCAUAGCAUGUGGGAUAAUACCAAGUACUAAAGUGUCAGUGUCUGCACCUUUUUUAGUGAAAUCAAAGAUCAUGACAUCACCACCACAUCAAACCAUGUGUGUCACAGGGUUAUUUUGUGCACAUAACAUUUGUAUAUAUUUUGUUUUUCUUAUUUAUGACUUUCAGUACUUUCUUAUGUUUCUUAGCAGUUGUGUUUUACUUUGGUACUCGUCAAUCAUCACCACUGAAUGAGCGACUCAAUUGUGAUUGUGAAACUGUUGCACACCUUUGAGCCUUAUCCAACCAUAAGGGGGUUUUGUUUCUUUCCCCUAAACAGACGGACCGAUUAUCCUGAAGCCUCUUAACUGUUGAUGACAGAUGUACAUAACAUGUUGUCUACAUGGUACUUAAAUGUUUUAAGUUAAUUCAAGAGUAUGCAGGCUCAUUAAUUAAUGCAUGCAUAAAAUACCUGUGGAGCAUGAUAUUUUGAGGGAAAGGAGCUGAAAUCAAACAAAACCAGACCGUCCUUAUUGAAGAUGAAUCCUCAGAAUUCCUUUCCUACCAUUCUGAGUGCAGCAAGUGCUCUCCAUUUUCAGCUCUUAGGAAGCGGGAUUCUGUUUUUGCUGCCAGUACAUUACAGUGUGGCUGUCACCCAUUAGAGUUGACAUACAAAUGUUUUAGUAGCAGAUUGUCUUGAAAUUAUUCGUGACAGAGUUGUAGAAAGCAUGGCAGCAUCACUCCUUUAAAUAAUUUGGACAGCCAUGAUUCAGUGCUAUGAAAAACCUCACAAACUCAGAGAUUCCCACUUCCAACUUCACCCCUGUAUAUCUGUAUCUUUAUGUAGAGCUGCUCCUUCUUAAAAAAAAAGAAAACAAUUAAAAAAUGCAAUAAAAUGACUCAUUUAGAUAUAGCAAAGUCCUCUGCAUACAAACAUAUGCCUUUUCAGUGGAAGAGCCAUCAGCACAACCUUUUAUUUUUUUAUUCCUCCUGCAUUUGGUUAUGCAGUGACUCUUAAUUCAGAGUGCACAUUCCUAAAGCCUUGUUCAUCCUCAAAGAACUUUUAAAAAGAUGUGUGCAUUGUGUUAGGAAUAUUUAGAACAUUUGAUGUUUCCAAAAUAAAAGGAAAAUCCCCACAGACAUGGACGUGUAGCCACAGUCUCAUGCUUUUCAUAAGGAUCAAUAUUAAAAUAUGGGAUAAAUAAUCAGAUUAGCUCUUUUUAGUGUGCAAAUAACAUACCUACGCCUAAGAAAAAAAAAUGUCCACAGAAGUGUGAUGAAUGUAUCUGUUACUAAGCACCAAGUUACCUUUUAUGAAGUUUUUUCAUUUGCAAUGUUUCCUUCAUGCACCUUGAUUUGAACAUUGACUGUUGUUGCAUAUACGUGUACGUUUUCACAUAAAGAUUUAACGUAAUCAUUUUGCAUUUUUAUUACCUUUGUUUGUAGAUUUGCACAAAUCAUUCCUCAUUUCAUCUCUGACUUGAAAGAACUGCAGAGUGAAAAUGCAAAAACAUUGAUAGGCUUGCACUGCUGACAUGUAAUAUGACCUGCUGAAAAAUGGUGUAUCAUACUGUAUUUAAAAAGGGAACUUACAUCAUUGUAACUGUGUACUGUACUGAACCAUACCAUGGAACCGGCGCUGUCAAAUCGGUAUGUAUCGCCAUUCUUUUUAAAUUAAAUAAUUCUCCAUGAAACUAG